GCGCGCUGGGCAGCACGUCGGACUUGGACUUGCCGAUCCCCACGACCUACUGGCCGCACUUGAAGGACAGCACGGCGGAGCAGUUCAUCCACAAUGGAAAGGCGCCGCUCACAAUUUACCCGGCGCAGAAGGCUGCAGAGGAUGCUGGGCUGAAUCACAUGUGA